AUGGCAAUAUCAUCCAUCAAUAAUUUUGUCUUUCAAGUAAGAAGAUGUCAACCAGAAUUGGUUGCUCCAUCCAAACCUACGCCCCACGAGUUUAAGCAACUUUCUGAUGUCGAUGACCAAGAAGGUUUUAGGUUUCAAGUUCCAUUGAUAUACUUUUAUCGGCACAAUCCAAACAUGGAGGGGAAAGACCCAGUGAAGGUGAUAAAGAAGGCACUUGCCGAGACGUUGGUGUUUUACUAUCCUUUUGCAGGCAAGUUGAGGGAAGGACCUGGGAGGAAGUUGUUCGUUGAAUGUACAGGCGAAGGUGUCUUAUUUAUUGAAGCUGAUGCAGACGUGACUUUACAGGAGUUUGGUGAUGCUCUUCAACCCCCAUUUACAUGUUUGGAUGAUGUUCUGUACAAUGUUCCAAAUUCUGAUGAGAUCGUUAAUUGUCCGUUGUUGUUAAUUCAAGUAACACGACUGAAGUGCGGUAGUUUCAUCUUUGCUCUUCGUCUAAAUCAUACAAUGACGGAUGCAUUUGGUUUUCUAUCAUUCAUGACCGCCUUGGCCGAAAUUGCUCAAGGAGCCUCUACUCCAUCUAUUUUUCCAGUAUGGCAAAGAGCCCUUUUAAAUGCACGAGAUCCUCCUAGAGUCACUUGCAUCCAUCGUGAAUACGACCAGCUUCCAUACUCAGAAAACACCAUUAUUCCCCUUAGCGAGAUGACUCAUCGCUCUAUCUUCUUUGGCCCAACUGAAAUCUCUACCCUUCGCAAAAUCUUACCUGCCCACCUUUGCCAUUGCUCCACUUUUGAUCUCAUCACCGCAUGCCUAUGGCGUACCCGUACCAUAGCGCUUCAAGCCAACCCAGAUGACGAAAUGCGUUUACUCUGCAUCGUGAAUUUACGCUCCAAGAUCAUCAACUUACCAUCAGGAUAUUAUGGCAAUGCAAUUGUUUUCCCUACCGCAAUCGCCACCGCAGAUAAGCUUAGCCAGAAUCCCCUAGGUUAUGCCGUAGAAUUGAUUAAGAAGGCUAAAGCCGAAGUAUCAGAGGAGUAUAUCAAGUCUGUGGCAGAUCUCAUGGUGAUCAAAGGACGACCUAAUAUAACUGCGGUGAGGUCGUACGCCGUGUCGGAUGUGAGGAGAGCCGGGUUUGAUGAGGUGGACUUGGGAUGGGGAAAGGCCAUCUAUGCAGGGCCUGCAAAGGGAGGGGUUGCAACAGUCCCUGGUCUAACAAGCUUUUAUGUGCCUUUUAACAACAGAAAAGGGGAAGAGGGAACUGUGGUGCCCUUCUGCUUGCCUGCUCCAGCCAUGGACAGAUUUGUUGCAGAACUUGAUGCCUUGUUCACUACACAACCACUAGUUGAAGUUGCGAAUUACCAUAACCCAUCCUUCAUUCCAUCUACCUUAUAA